GUGGAAACUGUAUAAUGCCGUCCAUGAAGCCCUUGGAUGCCAAAAGAGCUACUGCGCUGACGAGUUGACGGAGGAUAGUAUUAUGGUUGAUUUUGACUGCAACGAAGCCGAGUUUUACGAGUGUAUCGAAAUCGAGACGGAUGGAGAGUCAACAACAUGCCCACCGCUUCCCAGUCCUAGCUCAUCAAAUGUAGACUCCUCCAAUAGGCCUUCCUCGAGCGAGCCUGCAAAAAACAAGAAGAAGACGGCAGUGUCAGUGAUGGAGGAUAUGCGCACCGACUUCUUAAUGGCAACUCAAGAAAUGAAGCAAGCAGAUGACAAACGGCUUGCCAUUUUGCAACAGUAUGCGGAUAAUGUGAGCGAAAUGAAAGACGCGUUCGUAGAAUUUCUUCGUCGUCAAAAUAAUAAUUAAAUAUAUUAACUUUGCAGAACUUAAAAAUUAUCCGACGUGUAACAUUUUCACAUACAGCCAGAGUUAAAAGAUGGUAUGUAUUUUGUUGUAAUAUAAUACUUAUUAGCAAUUAUUCUAGUGAAAAUUUUUUU